UGUUUCUAAUACAUGAAAACAUUGCUGGUCUUGCUAUCACUUUGUCAAUUACUAAUUCUUUUCAUCUAUCGUUGCCAAUACUCUUCUACUUCUGUGAGAUUUGAGAUGACAGAUUUUGACAAUUUCUGGUCAGUGGUAUGAAUGAAAGUUACCAUCAAUACUUCAAUACAGAUCAUAUAGAGAUACAUAUGUUUGAAUUAAACAAUAUGGCCGACAGGUUAGCUGAUAUACGAACAAGAGUGACAUUGCAAGAACACGGUCUUAUUAAUACACAAAAUACAGCAUAUCCUGGCUCGUAUCAUGGCUUUGAUGAUUCUUGGAAGUUUGAAGAAUUCAAGAAGAACUUUCGCGUAGAGAUUUCGAAAUUAACUGAUCAAGAUAUUCAAUUUGACAUGAUUGGUAUUGAUGCAUCCAUAGCCAAUGCAUUUCGUCGAAUUCUCCUUGCUGAGGUGCCGACCAUGGCCUUUGAGAAAAUACACAUCUUUAAUAACACUACAAUAAUACAAGAUGAGGUUCUUGUUCAUAGAUUGGGACUUAUUCCAAUCUUUGCUGAUCCACGAUUGUUCACUUUCAAAACGGAAGAGGAGGAAUCCACUGAGCAUAAUGUUAUUGAGUUUGAAAUCAAAGUGAAAUGUAGACGAAAUCCAGAUGCUUCAAAGAAUGCAACUGAUCCAAAUGAGUUAUAUAUCAAUCAUUUAGUUACAACAAAACAUCUCAAAUGGCUUCCAAUGGGUGACCAAGCUAACUUGUUUGGUGAAGAUGGCAUCCGUCCUGUGUAUGAUGACAUUCUUAUUGCUAAAUUAAGACCUGGACAUGAACUUGACCUUCGUUUGUUUUGUGUGAAAGGAAUUGGAAGAGAUCACGCUAAAUUUUCUCCUGUUGCAACUGCAUCUUACCGUCUCCUGCCGGAAAUCACGAUUAUGAAACCUUGUGAAAAUGAACUGGCGGAAAACUUGGCCUGUUUUCCCAAAGGAGUUAUAAAGAUCAAGAACGUAAAUGGAAUAAAAACUGCUGUUGUUGCUGAUGCUAGAAAAGACACAUACACUCGAGAAGUUCUACGUCAUGAAGAUUUAAAAGACAGAAUUAAGCUGUCGAGGGUCCGGGAUCAUUUUAUUUUUUCCAUUGAAUCCACUGGCGCCCUUCCUCCCGAUAUUCUAGUCUCGGAAGCCAUUAAAAUACUCAAAUCGAAAUGUUCGAGUUUUCUUGCCGAAAUGGAUUUAAGUGAAGGCGGUGGAUGAUUGGUAGCAAUGAUGGAUCUCAAGUGAGUGCACUGAUAAUGUUCAUGACACAUCAUAUUACGAGUCUUUGCAUGCAGGUUACCAGAAAAAAUGGACCGAUCCUCAGUUUACAUUGUAUUCAUGGCGGAAUUGUUGACUUUGACGUCGGAGAGAAAACGACAUGACGUUUAACAUAGAAAUGAUACAUUUGUCUUGCUAUGAACAACACCUACUGAGCCGUAACAUACAGUGUAAAUGUCGAGUUUCAUCUUCCAUUGAGUGUGCCUUUUCCAAUUUCGAAAAUUACAAGAGCUAGUCCAACUUUUUGUGUAAUUUUUUUCUUUCUGUAAGAAAACUCAAAAAUACACCACGAACAAUUUAACAGUUCUUCUUUUUGCAUGAAAACAAUGUAAGUUAAGCCCGUUGCGAACGACGAACUUUCAAUGUGAUGCGUCUAACCUGUUAGAAGCAUCAGAUAAUAUAUUUAUUCAAUAUUUCUUUUUUAAUGCUUUUUGGAACAUGAAAUGUUACACCUCUGAAACUGGUCAUAGUUAUAACAUAACACACAUAUAGCCUCUUUGUGAAGAAAGUCCUAAUCUGGUUGUAGAGAAUAGAGAAACUUGUUGAAAGCAGGUCUUUAUUUCGUGUUAUUGCAAUAUUUCUAUUAUAUGGAGAGUUAAAGAA